AUGUCCACUUUUAAUCACCUUGUUCUUGUUUGUGCCAUAUUGGUUGUGGUGCUACUUCCGUCAACGACUAUGGCCACCGAAUACGUGGUGGGAGAUGAUAGUGGUUGGACCAUAAAUUAUGACUAUCAAGUGUGGGCUAAAAACAAAGUUUUCUAUGUUGGUGACAAACUAGUGUUCAAGUACCCGGUUAAUGUACACAACGUUUACAAAGUGAAUGCUAGUUCCUUUGCUACUUGCACUAUUCCGCCACCUAGCACUGGCCUUACAUCUGGGAACGACGUUGUGACCUUAGUGGCACCGGGCAAGAAGUGGUACAUUUGUGGUGUGGAAGAACAUUGUGCUGAGUUUAACCAAAAGUUGGUCAUCGAUGUCCAACAAGGACCAAUGUCUCCGGCACCCGCACCAAGCAGUGCAACCAAAUUCGGGUCCAAGACUUUCAUGGCCAUCAUUGUUGUUUUGACAAUGAUAGUCAUGUUUUGA